CGUUCUCUGCAUGCGCAAAAGAAUUGGAAAACGGUAUUGUAGUCAAAGCGCAGCUAGUUAUUCCACUUGUAAAUACGCAACAAUGUCUUCAGUUGAUAAUUUGAGAGAAUUUCUGAAUGAGCGACUAACUGCUGCUGCUGAGGAAAUAUUCAGAGUUUUACAAAAAUCUAUCGUCGAGUACGAAGAAGAGAUCGAUCGUCAGCGCAGACUGCUGGACAUCGUCUGGAAACCUGAAAUAAAAUUACACAGGAUCGAGCUCCCACAGCAACAUGUCAGUAGGGAGGAGGAAGUGCUCUCAGACCAGCAGCUCUGUAAUCAGGACAGGGACUCCAGUCUGGAUCGAGAGGAGUCAGAACCUCCACAUAUUAAAGAGGAACAGGAGGAGCUGUACACCAGUCAAGAGGGAGAGCAGCUUGUACUGAAGCAGGAGACUGAUGCCUUAUUGUUGACCCCUGAUGAUGAGGAAAGUGACCACAGUGAACCAGAACCAAGAAAUGACUACCAGCUCCUCUCUCACAGCUCUCAUGUAGCUGAGAGCCAAGAUCAGAAAGGAGGCGAGCAUGGAGACUCAGGGUCAACAGAUGUAGAGCCAAAACCACAAAACAGACUUCAUCAAAGGGAAAGUUGCAGUAACAAUGUAUACAACCCUCAUGGGUCACAGAUUCACUGUAAUACUCACACAGGUAAAAAGUCUCACAAAUGUGACACGUGUGGGAAAACAUUUAAGCACAAGUCUCGAUUGCUGAGACACCUGAGGGUACACACAGAGAAGCCACAUUCUUGCAGUGCUUGUGGAAAAAGAUUCAGUGAGACAUCGGUGCUACAAGCUCAUCUAAGAAUACAUAUGGGUGAGAAGCCGUAUUCGUGCAAAACAUGUGGGAAAGGUUUCAGAUUUAACAGCGCCUUGAAAGUCCACCUGAGAAUCCACACAGGCGAGAAGCCGUAUUCUUGCAACAUCUGUGGGAAAAGAUUCAGUCAGACAUCAUCACUGAACGUUCAUUUAAGAAUCCACAGAGGUGAGAAGCCCCAUUCUUGCAGUGUCUGUGGAAAAAGAUUCAGUAAGACAUCUCUGUUGAACGCUCACAAACGAAUCCAUACAGGUGAGAAGCCGUACCCGUGCAAUACAUGUGGGAAAGAGUUCAGGUUUAGCAGCGCCUUGAAAGUCCACAUGAGAACCCACACAGAUGAGAAGCCGUACCUUUGCAAGACCUGCGGGAAAAGAUUCGCUGACAUUUCAACUCUGAAAAGGCAUAUGACAAUCCACACAGGGGAGAAGCCGUUUCCUUGCAAAACAUGUGGUAAAAGAUUCAAUAAGACAUCGGAAUUGAACGCUCAUAUAAGAAUCCAUACAGGUGAGAAGCCGUAUUCAUGUGGCACAUGUGGCAAAGUUUUCAGAUUUAGCAGCGUCUUUAAAGUCCACAUGAGAACUCAUACGGGUGAGAGGCCGUAUUCAUGUGACACAUGUGGAAAAGUUUUCAGAUUUAGCAGCACCUUCAGAGUCCACAUGAGAACUCAUACGGGUGAGAAGCCGUAUCUGUGCAAGACCUGUGGGGAAAGGUUCAGUGCCAUGUCGGUACUGAAAAGGCACAUAAAAACCCACACAGAUGAUGAAAAGCUGUCCUCUAGCAAAGAUGUGAGAAAAGAUUCUGUCAGAUGCCAGAGUUGAAAAUGUGUAUAUAUAUAUUUACAACUUUAUCUUUAGAGUUGAUGUUGAACUGUUUUUUGAUAUCAUGUGUUCUAUAAAUGCAUACAUGCCGUAUAAACUGUUAAUAAACUGUUUUCAUGUCAGUCA